CUAUUUAGUACAUCUGCAGAAAGCAUCAGGUGUAGAAACAGCUGUACAGCAGCUUCAGUAGAAAGUCAAUGUCCAGCUUAAGUGUUCUCAUGUAUGUACUGGGUGUGCUGAACGCUGUUACCGGAAACUCCCGCAUUGUAGAAGGCAGAAGUAGUUCAGCACUAGUGUUCAGGUUGUAUCAGGUAGAAUUGGCCACUGCCUCUUUAACAGCAGCCCACUCAUUUCCUGUUCAGUUUCCUUCUUCUGCAGAAAACACGAAUCACACGCUCAUUAAAAAAAAAAAUCUAUUCCAUUUCUGUUGCUCAUUUGCGUUAUUUUAUUAUCUCCAGUAACACGGUUGACAGUGGAGUGACUGAGACUGGUCCAAGACAGAGUGAAUCUUCCUCUGGGCUUGAAAACACCAAAAUGGCAGAAUCUGUCUUUGAUCCUGAAGAUAAUUUAAACUGCCCGAUCUGUCUGAAUCUGCUUAAGAACCCAGUGACGACUUCUUGUGGUCACAGUUUCUGCAUGGACUGUAUUAAUAGCUUCUGGGAUCGAGGUGUUUACAGCUGCCCUGAAUGCAGGACAACAUUCAACCAAAGACCAGCUCUCAGCAGAAGCAAGGUACUGAAUGAUAUUUUAGAGGGAACGAAGCAGGAAGCUCCAGCUGGACCUGGAGACGUGACGUGUGAUGUUUGCACAGGAAGAAAAGGAAAAGCCAUCAAGUCUUGUUUGGUUUGUAUGGCUUCUUACUGCCAAACUCACCUCCGUCCUCAUCUGGAGUCUGAAGCUCUUAAAAAGCAUGAGCCGGUUAAAGCUUCUCCAAAUCUCCAGCAGCAGAUCUGCCCUCAACAUCAUAAAGCUCUGGAGGUUUACUGCCAUGAUGACCGGAAGUGUGUUUGUGUGGUUUGUAUGGGGAAUCAACACAGUGGACAUAAAACAGUCUCCGCUGCAGAUGAAAUGGCAAAAAAACAAGAGGAACUGAAAAUGAUAAAUAUGAAUUUCAUUCAGAAAACCAAUGACUUGAAGAAGGAGGUUCAGCAGUUUAAGGAAGCUGUGAUCUCUUAUAAACGCUCUGCACAGGCAGCAGUGGAGCACAGCGACAAGAUCUUCACUGAGAUCAUCUGCUCCAUUCAGAAGAGACACGCUGAGGUGAGAGAGAACAUCAGAGCUCAGGAGAACAAGGAGGUACGAGAUGCAGAGAAUCACAUAAAGACACUGGAGAAGGAGAUCUGUAUACUGCAAGAGGAGAACCGUAAACUGGAGCUGCUUUUACAUACAAAGGAUCAUGUUUACUUCUUCCAGAAUAACUCUGUCUCUCCUGGAAUUUUAGAAUACAAUUCAUCCAGAGAUGUUAAUAACCUGACAUUUGAGAGAGCAAAACAAUCUCUCUCUGCGAUGAAAAGCCAGCUGGAUGAAGUCUGUGAGGAGCACAUGGGCAGAAUAUUAAGCAAACGUGUAAUAAAAAUAACCCAUGCGAAAAAACGGAAGAGAGGAGCAGAGUGGGAUCCAGAUGAAGCAGCAAUGGAGAGUAUGCUUGAAGACGAUGAUGACUCCGAAGACAAGUCAGCCCCGGCAAAAAGAGUUUUACAGGCCCCUAUCAGUCUCACUCGGGGGGACCUUAAUAUGAAUAAGAUAUUAUUACAUCAACAUGCAGACAAAUAAAAACAUUUCUAGGAAUGACAACAGCACUACAGUAAUAUAUGCGUUCCUCCAUCAUUUAGACCUUACAUUUGUGGAUCUAUUUCAAAAAUGUCAAAAAACAGCUUUUCAACACAGUCUACGUUUGAAUUCGACUGAUUCGAAUCUGGCUCUGGAAUUUCAGAAUGAGCAUAGCCUCGUUUCAGGUGUGACGAGUCCGAAGAUUAUUCCAGUUAUGAAUUAAUUAUUCUGUCACAUACUUUUUUAAUGCAGGUGUUUUAUUCCUAACAAAUUUACUAUUUAAUCUAAAUAUUUUUCCAUCACAUUUUAUGUGCAUUUUAUUUUGUU